GAAAUGGGGCACACCUCAUCUGGCAAUGAAGUGCCCUUGAAAUAUUCUUCAGGCAAAGCUUUCCCCCUAGGAGUGUCACAAGUUGACGAUGGGCUAAAUUUUGCAAUAUUCUCACAGCAUGCUUCUUCUGUCACCCUUUGCUUGAAACUUCCUGAGAGAGGCACCCAAGAUGAUGCGGACAUUAUAGAGUUUGCUUUAGACCGCCAGAAGAACAAAACUGGAGAUAUAUGGCAUGUGUCAGUGGAGGGUUUGCCUGCUUCUUGUGUUCUCUAUGGGUAUCGUGUUAGCGGUCCUCAAGGGUGGCAACAAGGUCAUAGAUUUGAUGACAGCGCUUUUGACUCCGUAAAAAAAAACCCUUAUGCAAAAUUAGUUUCUGGUCGAAAGCACUUUGCAGUUGAAAAAGAGAAGCCAAGCCAGCUUUUCGGAACAUAUGAUUUUGAUAGCUCCCCUUUUGACUGGGGUGACAAUUAUAAGCUUCCUAAUUUGCCUGAGACAGAUCUUGUUAUAUAUGAAAUGAAUGUCCGUGCCUUCACUGCGGAUGAGUCAAGCAAGCUUGGUCCAGCCAUUCGUGGAAGUUACCUUGGUGUCAUUGACAAAAUUCCUCAUUUGCUGGAACUUGGCGUUAAUGCAGUGGAGCUACUUCCUGUUUUUGAGUUUGAUGAGCUGGAGUUUAAGAGAUUCCCUAACCCAAGGGAUCACAUGGUAAAUACAUGGGGAUAUUCUACAAUCAACUUUUUUGCACCCAUGAGUCGUUAUGCUAGUGCGGGUGGUGGACCUGUGGCUGCUUCCAAAGAGUUCAAACAGAUGGUGAAGGCAUUUCAUAAUGCUGGAAUUGAGGUCUUGCAGAGUACCUCUUUACUUGCUGCUACAUGUUCUAAGUUCCAAGUCCAUGGAGAGACUUAUAUAAUGGAGCCUCAUCAAUUUCUGGAUGAAUUUAUGAGAAAAACAAAUUGUUGUCCUUGUAGGUCUAUUACAUAUUAGAUCUCAACAACAGUGCACAGCUGCUGAACUUCUCGGGUUGCGGGAAUACACUAAACUGCAACCAUCCUGUUGUCAAGGAGCAUGUACUCGACAGUUUGAGACAUUGGAAAUUGCCAAAGGCUCUGUAUUGUCUAGAUGUAAGAUCAUUGCUGAACCUUGGGACUGUGGUGGCCUUUAUCUAGUAGGGAGGUUCCCUAAUUGGG